AGAUCAUAAAGUUAACAGAACUCCUGAGUAAAUAUUAAAAAGUUUUGUAGUGUGUACCUGAGGGUUGACAGCGAAAAUGAAGGGUUAUACGCGUUGGGGUUUCAGAAGACAUAGGAGCGGGAUUAUAAGUAUAACGGCACUUAUUUUGGCGUAUUCUAUAUAUAUCAACGAGGUGGUAGGAUUACCGACUGAUACUUCGUCAAAUACAUGGCCAACUUUUCCACAAAGAAAUGUAGCAGCCUUGGCUAGAGAUGGAUAUUUGAGAAGUGCAGCUUCAGGUUACAAAAGAAGCAUCUCAACAUUGGCUAAAAACGGCCAGCUUCCAACCUUUAGAGCGCCCUACGAUGAAACAGACAAGCAAGAACAAGAUGAAGACGUUUCUCACGACAAAAGGAAUUUAGCUUCGAUCGCGCGACUGCGCAGCUACUCAGCUAUGAAAAGAAAUAUACAGUCUUUGGCAAGAGAUGGCUAUCGCUUCGGAAGAGGACAAUAUAAUCAGCCAAAUGACAAACGUAAUAUCCAAGCCUUAGCUCGAAAUGGAAUGAUUCAUAAAAAAGACGGAAUUGUUGGUGAUGAAUAUUAUUAUCCAUUCUAUCAAAAUCCCGUACCACCGUUGUCUGAAAUAGAUGGUCCGUUUGACAUCAACGAAAUGUAUGAUUUCCAACAAUCAAUGAACCCGGAUAUGUUGCCGCCGCUCUCUCAAGUAUUCAAACGAAGCGAUGUCGGAUUUCCGCCUGAUUUUGUUUCGAAAAUGGAAUACGACGGUAAUUGGAAUCUUAAAAGAGGUUCUAUUGGGUUGCCAGCACAUGGCCUCUUUAGACCAAUUUAUAUUGACUCUGCUGGUAAUACUAGAAGCAGGCGAUCCAUAUAUUCUCUUCCUGACGUACUUGAUCGUAAUGACAUUGAUAUUCCAGAAUAUUACGAUAAUGAGAAUGAAGAUAAAAGAUCUGUAGAUAAUGAGGAUGAUUUAGCGCGUGAAAAUUUUGAAAAACGUCAUAUUGGGUCGUUGGCCCGGUUAGGUUUAUUGCCCUCAUUUAGAUUUUCUGGUGGCCGAUACAGUAGGUCUGGAAGAGCCAGAUUGUUAUUGCCUAGUCAGGAAUUAUACAGGAAGCAUUCCCCUGACGAGAAUUUCGGGAUUAGGGAAUAUUUCUCUGAUGACGAAGCUAGCACAGCCUUCGAUUCAGACGACUCCGAUCUACCGUCGCCGCCAGUACUUGCUAACUCGCACCCGACCGGCCGGUACCUCCACCGACCGCUGAACAACGAUCUACCGAACAUGCCGCUUCCCCAGUCUCCAUUAUCUUUGAACAAUCCUGAUACAUUUGCCAAAAACCGCUGGCAGAGCAAAGAUAAUCCUAAGUUUUAUUACUUCAGGUCAUUAAAAGUACCUUAUCACUCUUCAGGAAAACGGUAUUUGGUGCUUCCAGCCGUCGAUAACAUUCUCCUUAAGAAGAAUUACCGCAACAGCAGUCUACCAAGUCGGCGUAAAAAUCAAUAGCUAUGCCAUUGUAAGCCGAGUGAUAGAAAAUCACUCGGCUAGAUCGAAGCCAAACGUAAAUAACUUAAAAAUAUUUUGUAUAAUUUCUUUUUUUUAACUACGAUUUCUUAAUUAACGGUAUUUUCGGCUUCGAUUUCAUGCAUACGCAGACAACUAUGGCAUAUCAAUGGUAACAGAUGUAUAAUUAGGUACAUGUAUUUUAACUGCGGGAUCAUGAUUACUGAAUUUCUGACAAUAAAUUUAGCCAUUAAAUGGUAUUGAAAUUGAAAGGCUAGCGGUGAUGGCAACUUCGGAUAUAUUUAUGAUGACGACAUUGGCUCGAUCGUGACUAACAGAUGCAUAAUAACUUAAAUACUAGAUAAAUUUUAAGAUUACAUUGCCAAUCGCAAAUUAUACGUGUCUAAAUUAAAUAUUGUAGAUUCUAAUUUGAUAAAUACUAGUCAAAGUUAAAAAAAAAUUAGAAAAAUUAUCUGAAAAUGUUUAAAUACUUACAAUAAAUGGUUUAAACUAUAUUAAAUUCCCAUUUAUAUUACGAGUUGUGAUAAUUCCUACAUUCAUUGUUUAACAUAUCGAAGAAUGGUCUCUUUCCUGACUAGAAUUAGCUGUGUUUGACAAAUAAGCAGUUUAAUUAUUUUGUGAAUUUUCAAAUGUCACGUUUUAAGCUUUGAGCUUUAAUACCAUUUUUAAUAAAUAUCUACUUCUUAUCUUGGACAAUAAGCAAGCAACUUUCGGUGACCACAUAAAGAUAAUAAAUUUUGAAAAUGUUAUACUGUAGUCCUCUUUCCAUUGUCUUUUUAGAUAGUAUUGAUGUAUUUUUAAGAUUGUAGGUAACUAUUUAAUCAACUAGAGUCCUAUUUAUUGUAAAUAAAUGAAUACAGUCAUUAUAAACUUGUUUUAAUUAUAUACUGUCCUCGUAGUA